AUGGUGUUAAAUAAUUUUACUGGAGGAGUAAGCCAGAAAUUAACAACUGAACUUUAUUGCUCUGGAGAGUUCACUGGAAAAGUACACAGCGAGUUGAUUUUUAUUUCAGUGUUAAAUAUUUUUCUGUCCAUUACCGCGUUUCUGGGCAACACUCUGAUCCUAGUAGCUCUGCCUAAGGUGUCUUCGCUUCAUCUUCCUUCCAAAGUUUUGUUUGGUAGCUUGGCGACAACUGAUAUCUGUGUUGGUGUCAUUGUAGAGCCUACGAGCGUUGUCCAUUGGAUGUAUGCGGUGAAGCAAAAAUGGAAUAUUUGCUAUUACGCGACUGCGGCAAAUUUUAUCAUAAGCAACACUUUAUGCUCAGUGUCUUUGGCAAUAUCAACUGCAAUAAGCGUGGACAGACUCCUGGCGCUGUCACUCGGGCUCAGAUACAGAAAUUUUGUAACAUUUAGGAGAACACUUGUAGCUGUAAUCUCUAUCUGGGUUUUGUCCUUUUUGAUCACGGCAGGCAAUUUUUGGGAUCUUCGCAUAAGGUUGUGGUUUUAUCACCUAGGCAUAUGUGUGUGUCUAGUCACCUCAGUUUUCGCUUAUACAAAAAUUUUCCUUACUCUGCGGCGUAAACAGAUUAAAGCUAAGAAUCAGAUGUCUCAAACACAACCGAGCCAAGCAAUUCCACUAAACAUAGCUCGAUACAGAAAGGCAGUCAACAGUGCGAUGUGGGUACAGGUAACAUUGGUUGUUUGUUAUCUGCCGUUUGCUGUAGUGGCAGCGUUAACACCUCAAAGAGGGAUGCCUUUGUCAAUUUAUCUUGCCAGGCAGUAUACAGGAACUGUAGUUUACUUAAACUCAACAUUGAACCCGCUCCUGUACUGUUGGAGGAUCAGAGAAGUAAAGAGAGGAGUAAAAGAUACAAUUAGGCGGUUCUGUAGUCUU